CAGUGACAGAGUGACCAAAACCCCACAAAGCUCGAAGCUUUCUCCAAUGGCGUCCUGCAAAGUUAUCUCUAGGUUAUCCUCCCGAUUACAGCCCUUCACGCGCAAUCUCACCAAGAAGUCGCCGGCAUCCGAGCUUUCUCAGCUCAAGUCGAGCCUUCUCUCUCCGGCCUCCGCUCCCGUCCGACGCAUUUCUGGUCUUUCCAGGUUACCAGUGGAGUUGGGAUCAAUGAUGCCGUUGCACAGCGCGGUGGCUUCGGCGCGGUUGAUAUCGAGCUUGUCGAUUGACUCUCAGAACUGGGGAUUAGUUCCUCAAGGGAUUUCAAUGCCUUUAUGACAAUGUCUCCCUGUAUCAAGUUGUCUUGCAUAGGCAAUGUAGGUCUCGUGUUGACAUUUUCUUUUACGAUCACUUUAGUGACAUAAGAUGUUGAACAGUUCAUCGGACACCUCUGUCUGUCGAUUUUCAUCCUUUUGUUAGAAUUCCUUCUUCAAUGAGGCUGGAUGCUUUUCUGUCUAUCGAUGUUUGGGCAUUACAAAGGGUGAGAUGUGCCCGUCAUUGUGUACUUAGUUUAUCCAUGAUGCUGGACGCUUUCUUUCUUA